CGAGGGAGCGGAUCACGCGGAGCCCCAAGGACACGGAUCAUCCGAGACCAGUUCCUGCUCCUCGGCAAUCUUUGGGGACUCGUCACGUUCCCACCGUGCGAACCUCACCAACUACCAGCGACACUGCCCAACCCGUGGAAUUCCCUGCGCCGUGCUCCGGGUGAGGGGAAGGGUCUUCUCACCGCCAAACACACAGCUGCUCCCCGCCACAUGGACUUACCGAGGGAGCGGAUCACGCGGAGCCCCAAGGACACGGAUCAUCCGAGACCAGUUCCUGCUCCUCGGCAAUCUUUGGGGACUCGUCACGUUCCCACCGUGCGAACCUCACCAACUACCAGCGAUCAUCCGAGACCAGUUCCUGCUCCUCGGCAAUCUUUGGGGACUCGUCACGUUCCCACCGUGCGAACCUCACCAACUACCAGCGAUCAUCCGAGACUAGUUCCAGCUCUUCAGAGAUCUUUGGGGACUCGUCAAGUUCCCACCGUGCAAACCUCGCCAACCCCCAGUGGUGAGGCUGAAGAUGGAGUAGUUUUGAUCAGGAGCCCAAAGGAUGAACUGGCCUCGACCGAGGUGGAAAAGAGCUACGCGGACCUGGAGCGAUUCUGCAUCAUCUUCCCCAUGUUGGAGAAACAGAUCGAGCGAAGUGUGCAGGAGCUGCGGGAGGUGGCGGCCAGCAUUGACAAGGUUCACCACAGAGCCAGCGUUGCCUCAGCCGUGGGCACUGGCACCAGCGCGCUGGGAGGGGGCAUGCUGCUAGCAGGACUGCUGACCGCGCCCUUCACAGGCGGCACCUCCCUCCUCCUGACGGGGGCCGCCAUGGUCGGGGGACUCACUGCCUCCUCUGCCAGCGUGACCGAGACCCUGCUCAACAGGGGCCACCAGCAGAAAAUGGAUGAGAUCCUGGAACGAUACAACAGCAGUAGCUGGGAGCUGAUGGACUGCUUUGGGGUAGCCUCCAGGGCCAUCCAGCGCCUAGCCGGCUUUAGCCAGGAGGAGAUCGCCGUCGGCCUGGCCAAACGGUUGGGCAUUCGGCCCAUCUCUGUGGGGCACAACGGCUAUGUGCUUGUGAGCAGUGUUCUGGCCAGCCAGUCCCUGGCCCAGAUGUCCAGCCUGCAGCGGCUGGCCACAGAGGUGUCAGCCAUGGCCAGCAGCCUGCAGGGUGGCCGUCUCCUGGAGGGUGCCAGCCGCCUGCAGACCCUGCUGCGUGGCACGCCCAGACUGGUAUCAGGCAGCGCCCAAGUGGCUCGGCUGGCCCUGUCCUCAGCCUGUGUGGCCUGGGACGUCUACUCCCUGGCCACGGAGAUGAUCGAUUUGAGCAAGGGGAGCAAGACCGAGCUGUCCCAGCGAGUGCUCGACAAGGCAGCUGAGAUUGAGGGCAAGCUGGGUGAGUUCCAGGAUAUUUACAAGGACAUCAGCGGUGUCCUCACUUGCAGUGGGCACAGCCAGAAUGGUAGGUUGGCCAUUCGAUCCCUCUAACCUGACCCACCAUUCAAUGAGCCACAGACCCUAUCUUCAGUAUGACAGUCCCCACAGUCCUCAAUCCUCCAAUUGUUCAAAACUGAUCUUCUGCCUGUCUGAGACUGUCCCAUCUUCAGUAUGACAGUCCCCACAGUCCUCAAUCCUCCAGUUGUUCAAAGCUGAUCUUCUGCCUGUCUGAGACUCUCCUCGCCUGCCCCACCCCCAGGUCUUCACCAGCCUCUAGGGCUGAGAGAUCCUGAGGGAGAAGUUCCCGUACAGUUAUGUCUGAAAUGACUGUCCCUGCUGGAGGGAACAUCUCCACAUUUGCUCCUCCCUCACUCUCAGGAUGGUUUGUCAAGUCAAGUCAAGUGAAGUUUAUUGUUAUUUAACUACAUACAUUAAAGUAUAUAACUCAUAAAAUGAAUAUAGAAAGGAGACUGCGUUUCCCCGAAGCAGGGUGAAAAGCACAGUAGUACACAAAACACAUGAGAACACAUGAAAGGAAGGAUGAUUGUGCUUCCUUCAUUUGAUCUCUGGUGCUCUGUGUAGUCUCAGUGGAGGAGGGUAUCCCGUGCCAUGGAGAUGGGAGUCUGGGUCCGCUAGAGAUAGGAUACUGGAGGUGGAAUCCCAGAGGUGGCACACUGGCCCUUCCAGAGAUGGGCUCCUGGAUGUGGGACCUCAGAAUUACUGAAGAUGGGACCCCAGAGGCAGGACUGUACUCCUUGGAUUGGGCUGAAUCUGAGACCGUCUGCACACUUAACCCCUGGUGUGCCAGUGAUGGUUGAUGAUCCCACUGGGAUUGUUGUCUGGGAAAUGGGAAUCUUGGUUUGCAUGGGCCAAAUGGGUCAAAGGUCUGUUUCUGUAUUGUCGGAUUGUGUGGCUCCCUAUCUGAGGACAAUCCUGACUCCCACUCUCCACCAGUGAACAAACUCUACCGAACCCGGACUAUCCUGGGAAAACUCCACUCCCUCCUCCAGUCCUUGUGUCACUCCCUAACUGAGGACAACCCCAACUCCCACUCUCCACCAGUGACAAACUCUCCUGAACCCGGACUAUCCCGGGAAAUCUCCACUCCCUCCUCCAGUCCUUGUUGGCAUUCCCCAUCUGAUCCUGGGACUUAAGAUCAGAUUCGUAUCCUAUCGAUGUCCCGCUUUAACCUCUGACAGCCCUCCACACUGUCCACAACACCCCUAACCUCUGUAUCAUCAGCAGAAUAUGACCUGUCCUCAGCCACACUUUGCCUUCUGUGGGCAAGCCAGUUCUGGAUCCACAAGGCAGGGUCCCCUUGGAUCCCAUGCCUCCUUACUUUCUCAGUAAGCCUUGAAUGGGGUAGCUUAUCAAAUGCCUUGCUGAAAUCCAUGAACACCACAUCGUAUUACAUGUAGUCAUGGAUCACUACAGCACAGAAACAGGCUCUUCGGCCCAUCCAGUCUGUGUUGAACUGUUAAUCUGCCUUGGCAAUUGACCGGUAUCUGGACCAUAGCCCUCCACAUCCCUUCCAUCCCCUCUGUCCAAAUUUUCCUUAAAUAUUAAAAUCAAACCCACACCCAGCACUUCUCAUUCCACUCUCUCACCUCCCUCUGUCCCCCUCAUGUACCCUUUAAACAUUUUGCCCUUCACCCUUAACUCACCACCCCGGUUCUAGUCUCACACAACCUGAGUGUAAAAAGCUUGCUUGCAUUUACCCCAUCUGUAGCCCUCAUAGUUGUGUGUACCUGAAUCAAAUCUCCCCUCAUCCUCCAGGAUGUGUCUGGCUGGAGAGCGUGUCUAAUGAGGAUACGUAGAGUGAGCUUGGGGCCUUUAUCUUUGGAGUGAAGGAAAAUGAGAGAUGACUUGAUAGAGGUGUACGAGAGGAUAAGAGGCACAGAUUGAGGAGACAGCCAGAGCCUUUUUCCCUCCCAGGGAGGCAAUGUCCAGAAUGAGGGGGCAUGAUUUUAAGGUGAUUGGAGGAAAGUAUGGGGGGGGGGUGGUAGAGGUAGAGUUCUUCUACACACGAAGUGUUGGAUGUGUGGAACACGUUCCCGGAGAGGGGUAGAGGUAGUUUUUUUCUACACACAGGGUGGUGGGUGUGUGAAACGUGUUGGCAGGAGGGGUGGGGGAUUGAGGCAGUACCUUUGGGGACAUUUAGGAGACUAUAAGAUAGACACACAGAUGAUAGAAAAUGGAGGGCUAUGUAGGAGGGAAGGGUUAGAUUGAUCUCAGAGAGAUCAAAGGGUCUGCACAGGAUUGUGGGCCGAAGGGCCUGUACUGUUCUGUGUUCUUUGUUUUUAACCAUUGCAGAUUAUUCUACCCUGCUCACUUUGACAUGGGAUGUCUUUGCUGCAACCCUUCUUCAGGACUGUUAAAAGAACUUCUCAGGUUUUUUUUCCAGUACUGAUGAAGGGACUCAUUUUGAAAGGUUGCCUGAUUACUCUUUUCCAGUGAUGCUGACUGGCCUGCUGAGCUCCUCCAGCAUUGUGUGUGUGCUGCUUUCUGUCCACUCUUGCAUCUGCAUUGACUGUACAUCACAGUGCCAUAUCAAUGUUUGUGCAGAAACCCCUGUACUCAGUCCUUCAGUCCAUCUCAUCAGUGCUGGUGUUUCAUACUGAUUACCCAUCAGUACUAAACCCAUGUACCUGUGCUGGUCCACACCCUUCUUUGCUCAGACCGCACUUGGAGAUUGACAGUAGGUUUUGGGCCCCUGAUCGAAGAAAGGAUGUGUUGCCAUUGGAGGCAAGAGGAUUAAUUUAGAUUGGAUUGGCUUUGAUUCGAUUUAUUUCUUACAUCCUUUACAUACAUGAGGAGUAAAAAUCUUUAUGUUACAUCUCUGUCUGAAUGUACAGUGAGCAAAUUAUAGUAAUUUGUAAUGAAUGGUCACAGUUUGAGGAUAGAGGGGAAGCCUUUUAGGACCGAGAUUAGGAAAAACUUCUUCACACAGAGAGUGGUGAAUCUGUGGAAUUCUCUGCCACAGCAAACUGUUGAGGCCAGUUCAUUGGCUAUAUUUAAGAGGGAGUUAGAUAUGGCCCUUGUGGCUACAGGGGUCAGGAGGUAUGGAGGGAAGGCUGGGGCAGGGUUCUGAGUUGGAUGAUCAGCCAUGAUCAUAAUAAAUGGCGGUGCAGGCUCGAAGGGCUGAAUGGCGUACUCCUGCACCUAUUUUCUAUGUUUCUAUGUUAAUAGUAUGUACAGUAAGAUAUACAACAGAAGUCAA